UGCAAAAACAAUGUUCGUUCCCUAAGACUGCAGCGCGCGUAGUGGAACAAUCGCAAAACUGCAUGGGAUCCGAAGCUCCCCGAAAGUGAAAGUACGUAUACUGAAUCUGGUAGAGGAAGUGGACAUGGCUGCAAAAGGACAGAUUGAGAGUUUAACCGAGGAGGUAAUCUGCCCCGUCUGCCUGGAUUUCUUCAGCGAUCCGGUUAUACUGGAGUGUGGACACAACUUCUGCCGCUCCUGUAUCACACGGUGUUGGGAAAGGGAGGAGAGAAACUCCUGCCCGGAAUGUAGAGAGGAGUUUGCGGGCCGCACCCUCAGGGUCAAUCGGGCCUUAGCAAAUCUGUCCGAGAAAGCUCGAAAACUAAACCUGAAUCCGAAAGAGAAGGAAAGUAAACUUCACUGUGAAAAACAUGGGGAAGAACUGAAGCUGUUUUGUGAGACGGACGGGAAACUGAUCUGCCUGAUCUGUAGAGAUGCACUGGAACACAAGUCUCACAACUUCUUGCCGAUUGAAGAAGCCACUGAACUAUACAAGGAUCGGGUUAAAUCUUCCUUCGACUUUCUCACUAAAAGGAAAUCAGACCUAGAGGAAAUGGAGAAGGAACAGAAAGAGAGGAUUUCCGGAGUUCGGGAACAGUCACACAUCCUUCAAUCCCACGUCAAAUUGCAGUUGGUUGAACUGCACCAGAUUCUCACUGAGAAAGGGCAGCACAAACUUAGAGAUCUCCAGGAAGAAGAGGAGAGGAUUUUAAAUCCAAUGGAGAAAAAUCUUCGAAAGAUACAAGUAAAUUUAAAUUCUAUUCAAGAGGAGAUCUCAAGGUUACAGGAACAGAUGGAUCAAAAAGAGCGUGUGAUAUUUCUCAAGGAGGCAGCUCGUCGGAAGAGGAGAAUUACUGAUGAUUAUCAACAAUUGUCAGUGACAGACGGUGCCCUGCCGGUUGAACAAUUUGAUCAUCCCUAUUUUCUGAACACAACGUUGAGAGAAACACUUGAUUCCAUUAAUCGAGUCUCUGUCACCCUGGAUGUGGAAACGGCGCAUCCGGCGCUCGAUGUGUCUGAGGAUCGGAAGGGUAUGCGACGGACCGAGACCCAGAGGGAUCUCCCUGACACUGGGACGAGGUUCACAAACUGGGUUUGUGUGCUGGGAUCGGAGGGAUUCAUAUUGGGGAGGCAUUACUGGGAGGUGGAGGUGACAGCGAAUCGAUGGUGGGAUCUGGGUGUCGCCGCAGAGUCUGUGGAGAGGAAGCGACGGGUCACACAGAGUCCGGAGACCGGUUUCUGGAUCAUCAGGCGGAUUGAUCACGUGUUGUGGGUUCUCACCUCCCCUGGGUUCCGUCUCCUUGACUGUCCCAUCCCCAGGAGGGUGGGAGUUUAUCUCAGUUACGAGUCCGGGACAGUUUCAUUUUACAACGCGGAGACCAGGUCCCAUCUCCACACCUUCACUGGGAAUAAAUUCACGGGGAAACUUUAUCCUUUCUUCGGGAUUGGAUAUGAAUACCAGUGGCUGAGAAUCUGCUCCGGUUCUGCUUCGGGUCUGUAGACAGGUCGGGUCCCGGGACAGGCGUCACCAGUAGGUCAGUGUAAAUAUACAUGUGUGGAGAAUGAAAUAAACAUGAUAUGAGAAUUAUCGAUCCAUUGAUUUUAAUGUGUUAACGGCAUCCGUCAACGUCACAAAAACACUGUGGAUUCAGCAGCAACACUCAAAAUGCUGGAGGAACUCAGCAGGUCAGGCAGCAUCUAUUGAAAAGAGUAAACAGUCGAUGUUUUGGACCGAGACACUUCCAUCAAAACUGGAGAAAAAGAGAUGACGUCAUGAUAAGAAGGUGGGGGAGGCCAGGAAUCAAUACAAGGCAGAGGGUGAUAGGUG